AUGACCUCGGAUGAUAUUAAGAACCGAAAGCGGGAGGACUACCUGUUCAUUCUAGACUAUCGCACACGCUGGAAUGAUAAUGACAUGUACGAUCACAUGAACAAUUCCAUCUACAAUUUUCUCUUCGACUCUGCAGUGAAUGCCUACCUAAUUGAGUAUUGCGGACUGUUCCCCCCCACGGCCACCGAGACACCUCUCGCUGUGCACUCGCACACGGAUUUCUUCGCCUCCAUAGCCUACCCGGCGGUGGCCGAGGUCGGCGUCCGCGUCAACAAGCUGGGCAAGUCGAGCGUCACGUAUGAAGUCGCGCUUUUCGAGCGCGGCGUCGAGGGUGUCAAGGCGGCAGGCGAGUUUGUCCACGUCAUGGUCGAUCGAGAGACCGGCCGCCCGAGAGCGGCGGGCAUGAGCGACAGACUGCGUACCGCCUUGCAAAGGAUUCACAAGGACAGGCCAAGGGGCAGCAAGCUAUAG